AUUUUUACUUGCUUUGUUGGUGGUUGAGAAAUGUCUGCGACUGGCAACUCGAAGCGACAGCUCGAAGCGGACAAUGCUGCUCCUCCUACAACUGCUGCUGGACCAUCGCGAGAUCGCAAGCGACAGCGGAUCACACGCGAGUUGGACGCCGAGUGCGACGAGGUCGAGCUGGACUUUGGAGGCGAAACCCUCACUGCUGUGGAGCUGCUUCAGUUUGCUCGCCAGGAAGCAGCGGCGGCAGCGGCAGUAGCAGCAGCGGCAGGGGCAGGCGACUCUGAUGCUGCUGAUGACCAACCCACUGGAACACUCGUCCAUGUGGACGACGACAAUACGAUCGUGCAAGCACUGUCCAGCAAGGAUCGCUCGCAAUAUCAAAGCAAAGUAGUGCAAGCACUCAUCGCAGCCAGUCUCCAACGCUUUGAAAAGGAAGUCAAGGACGACGCAGCUCUCACAAAGUCAUUCUCGCAUUGCAAGCAGUGGGCUGAAGCGCUCGCAUUUGCAACUCGUCAGGCGCCUUCGAGCGAACUGUUGGCAGCUGCCAUUCAGAAAGGUGAAGAAGCGCUGGGCGUGGCUUCUCCGACAGACAACGUGCACACUCUCGUCGAUUUCCUCGCCGACUCGUUGUGGGAGCUGGUGCAAGACGAACAAUCCAUGGAUGACGGAAUCAACCUGCAGAACGACGACCCAGAGCAGCCGUUUUCGCGGAAGGUGCAGUCACUCAUCAAGCGAGCGACCGAGCUCACAAAACGUAGCAUUGCGUAUCAUGCGACAGUCAGCGACAUUGAUCAAGCAAAGGCCAGCUUGAACUCUUUGGAUGCAAUGCUUGGCGUUUCGCGAGUCACCUUAUCCUUUGACACACUUGUCGCCUGGAAAAAGUCACUGGAAGCAAUUUUCCAGCAACCAAAGUCUUUGGCCAGCCAACUCUCCGAGGAAGACCAGAUUCGCGUCCUUCGCGUUGAAGCCCACUUGUCACUCAUGGGUAUUCCUCCAAACCACGCAGACCGGCUCCCAGCGUUGCGCAACGCAAUUGCUCCGCUCAAGGCCGCGUUGGAGCAGACUUCCAAUCUGUCAAAGGCGGUGACGGGAGCCGUGUACACGGAUCUCGCGACCUGGCACUUGGACAUUUCGAUUCAGACCGAAGAUGAUGCCGUCAGCGAGGAGCACAUGAUGCUGGCCGUUGAAGCAGGCACGCACGCAGAAGAGGCUGGGUACACGAGCAGCGCCUACCAGCAACUGAAAGCCACCUUGGAAGGCCAGGACGUCGACGGCGAUGACCAAGAGCAAAGUGAUCAUGAUCAUGGCGAGCAUGACGAUGCUAGCGAUGAAGAUGACGAGGAUGAGGACGAGGAUGAGGACGAGGCAUAGCCACAACAAGUUGUCUUUGUCGUUGCCGAAUUCAGUUGGAAAAAAUCAUUGCCGAGGUACUUUGCAUUCAAAAUAUAACAAAGAACACUUGAAAGCA